UCUGAGGCGCGGUCCCCGCCCUCGGCCCAGGCGCACUCUCUCUCUCUCUCACACACACACACACACACACAGGCCGAGCGCUGGCACCGAGCGGCUCCCAACAUGGCGGACAGUGCCAGCGAGAGCGACACGGACGCGGCGGGCAGCUCCGCCGCGGUGCCGCCCGCCUCCUCCUCCACUUCUUCUUCCUCCUCCAAGGCGGGUAUCCUGAUCUCGGCCUCGAAGCUGGAGGAGCUGAGCAACCGGCUGGCGUCGCUGCAGCAGGAGAACAAGGUGCUGAAGAUCGAGCUGGAGACCUACAAGCUCAAGUGUAAGGCCCUGCAGGAGGAGAACCGCGACCUCCGCAAAGCCAGCGUCACCAUCCAAGCAAGGGCUGAACAGGAGGAGGAGUUUAUCAGCAAUACCUUGUUUAAGAAGAUUCAAGCUUUACAGAAAGAAAAAGAAACACUAGCUGUAAAUUAUGAAAAAGAAGAAGAAUUUCUGACUAAUGAACUUUCCCGCAAGCUGAUGCAGUUGCAGCAUGAAAAGGCUGAACUGGAGCAAACUCUAGAGCAAGAGCAGGAGUUUCAAGUGAACAAGUUGAUGAAGAAGAUCAAAAAGCUGGAGAAUGAUACUCUUUCCAAACAGCUUACGCUUGAGCAGUUGAGGCGUGAGAAGAUUGACCUGGAAAAUACUUUGGAACAAGAACAAGAAGCGUUAGUAAAUCGUUUAUGGAAACGGAUGGACAAACUGGAAGCAGAAAAGCGUAUUCUGCAGGAAAAAUUGGACCAACCUGUUUCAGCUCCACCAUCACCUAGGGACAUUUCUAUGGAAAUUGACUCGCCGGAAAACAUGAUGAGACAUAUCAGAUUUUUGAAGAAUGAGGUAGAGCGGCUAAAAAAGCAACUCCGGUCUGCUCAGUUACAGCAUACAGAGAAAAUGGCACAGUAUUUAGAAGAAGAACGUCACAUGAGGGAAGAAAAUCUGCGGCUCCAACGUAAAUUGCAAAGAGAAAUGGAAAGGAGAGAGGCUCUCUGCAGGCAACUGUCAGAAAGUGAAUCUAGCUUAGAGAUGGAUGAUGAAAGGUAUUUUAAUGAGAUGUCUGCACAGGGACUUAGACCCCGCACUGUGUCCAGUCCUAUUCCUUACACACCAUCUCCAAGUUCCAGCAGGCCUAUAUCUCCCGGGUUGUCUUAUGCAAGCCACAGUGUUGGUUUUACACCUCCUACUACUUUGACUCGUGCAGGAAUCUCCUAUUACACCUCACCUGGUCUUCAUGUACAGCAUAUGGGGUCUUCUCAUGGCAUUGCGAGGCCUUCGCCAAGAAGAAGCAACAGCCCUGACAAAUUUAAACGCCCAACACCUCCACCUUCUCCCAACACUCAGAAUGUGUUUCAGCCAGCACCACCUCCACCUCCGCCACCGGUUCAAUCUACAUUUCAGUCUGCAGCGUCCCAGCCGGCCCUUUCCCAGCAUUCAGCGCAUCCUCCUCCUCAGCUGUAGUGCAUGUGCUCUGAAGCAGCUGUGUCCUGAGUGGACUGAUGACAUAAAGCAGUUUACUAAAGCCAAAGGCUUAACUGGCAUAUUUGGAUUUGACUUAUUUGCACUGAGAUUAUAUAGGCUUCACCGCUAAAUGUAUUGUAAAUGUGUGUCUGGAAAGCAGCCAGUGUGUGUAUCUACAACACUUAUUUACAGCAUUUUGUCAGUGUUGACUGGAACUACAUAUACACCCUUCAAUCUCUUGGUAAAGCAUUUGCCACAUACAUUUGGUAAUACAGCCCAUAUUGAAUGCCAUGCUGGUCAGCUCCAAAGCUUUAUCUUGUAGGUUUGUAAAAAGGGAAGGCCUUUCUAAUGAUUUUCAUUACAAAUUUUACAAUAAUUACACGCAUGACGAGUCUUUGUUUUCUCUGUGUUUUAUGUACAAUGCUCGAGUCUUGAUGGCUUUGCCAAGCAUUUACAGAAUUAGCACUACAUUUCAAAUGAAGUGGAGAUGAAAGUUUUAGAGAAAACGUUCAAAUACCCCAGGCACCAUAGCAGAAAUCAGUGUGUGCAGAUGGUAAGUUUUGUUUUUCUCCAACUGAGCAGCAUAUAAGUUUUUCCAGAUUCAUUAUUGAAUUUCUGAUAUGCUGUGACUGCCUUUUUUAAUUUCUCGUUAGAUUUUGGCAAAUCUGUACCACUUGGCAAGGAUUGUAAGAGAAGGUAAUCAUUACGGAUUUCUGAUAAAUCUGGCUUGUGGCAAAGUAAAAUAUGAAAAAUAAUUUUUCAUAUUUCAAUCUGGAGAUCAAAAUUAUUUGAUGGAUGUAAACUGUAACCUUUAGCUGCUUAGAUUUAAUGUCUGUGGGCUUUGUAGAUAGUGAAUCACUAGACAAAACUAAUGUGUGUUGUGUUGGUUUUAAGCAAAUGUUUCCUGAUGUAAAAUUUCUGCUUUUGAAGGCAAGUAAGAAUCAGCUAAAAUACUGAUUAUUUCUGCAAAUUCAAAUACCAUGUUAAAAGAAAGAAUCAUCUUAUGUAUUUGCUGCCAAAUUAUUUUUGACCAUUGAGGAGAUGCUAUGACUGGAAAAAGUAAAUGUUUUAAAAUUGCAUCUUUAAAUACACUUUGUGGUGUAAAAUUAAGUUAGCUUUGUUAUCCCUGGUGGUAACUGUUUCUAACUUUCAAGGUGUAAUGCUAUCAUAGCCAAACAAUUCUGGAUUGCUUUGUAGACAUGGAACAAGCUGCAGAGAAAUAAAGUGCUUGGCUGUAAUGAAAGCUUAAAUACCUUAAAUAAGCCGGUACACUGUAUCAAAGGGAGUAAAUCCCAGUUAAAUUUUCAGUUUGUCCAACACAAAUAAAUUGUUUGGUUUGACUUUGCAGCAACA